AUGAGGUUACUUCCUUGUGUCCAAGCUUGGUUCAAACGUAUCAACAUGCUGCCACAAAACCUAAACUGGAUCUCCUUGAUAAUUCUACUGUGUCGACAAGGUGUUGACACAAAAAGAUAUUUCUCGUGUGAAGGUGGCUCUGUUCCACUCAGCUGUGAUUGGGGAUACAUAAAGGUGAUUACAGCCAACUAUGGGCGAACCGAUCACACAACAUGCUCCACUGGAAGAUCACUUCAUCAGCUCUCAAACGUCGACUGCUUCCAAGAGACAUCCGUCCAUGUGAUGUCCAAACGAUGUGAUGGAAGAAAGAGCUGUUCUGUUCCUGCAGUGAACUCUGUUUUCUAUGACCCUUGUGUUGGGACUUAUAAAUACCUGGAUGUCUCCUAUUUGUGUCUCCCAUUUAGUAAUGGUGUGAUUUGGAUACAUCAUGCGAAUUACGGACGACGGGAUCUUGUAACCUGUCCUCAUAAAUUAGCAACAUCACCAGACUGUUACUCUCCUCAGACCCGCAGCCUGCGUUCCAGCUGCAAUGGGAAGAAUUAUUGUCAAUUAAAUGCCUCAAAGACUUCAUUGCUCUCUGAUCCAUGUCCGGAUGUCCAUAAAUACUUAGAAGUGAUGUACAGCUGUAUAUAA